UGAGGUGAGGAAGUUGUGCUGGCUGCUGCUGCGUCACCACUGAUACCAACCGGAAGAAAUACAACAGUAUUUGUGUAUAACUGCUGUCCUUGAAAGUUUCAUACACCUCUCUGGAUCCUCUUCAAUUGUUCAACUUUGUCGACUUCUGUCCAAUGUUUUUUUUUUUCUUUUUUUUUGUCUUUUACUGCAAGAAACUUCAUUUAGGCUUCUGUGCAUCUCAUUCUUGAACCCUACUUAUAGACCGGUGGGGUGUGGGGAUUGUGGGGGUGACCAGAUGGCCCUAAGUGUGUAAUUUAGAGGAGAAGCCAUUGGAAACGUGUUUGUGGAAAAGAGAGGUAAGGUGCAGACAAGCUAUGGGAUGCUGCAGUGUGACCCAGAGGCAUACAGGGAUUGAUGAAGUGGGCCCAGAUGAGAUCGAACUCCUGGAAAUCAGCAAUGGAGGGAUCUGGAAUCUUGCUGAAAGCAGGCUCCAGAUUUCCACAAGGAAUGGCACAGAUGAAGGUCGUCCUCGCUGUCCCACUGUGAGGCACCUGAAGCAGGAGAAUCCAGAACCUGUCUCUGUGACUGUGACGGACACAACAAAACGCAACAAUUCACAACUGGUGCUUUGGGGCUUGACAAAAAAUGAACUCCAUCAUAGGCUAUACACUCAACCAAUCAGAGGAUGGGAAGGACAGGCACCACACACCUAUGGAGACAUUAUCCACUCCUCUUCAGUGUAUUUACACAGUGGAUACACAAAGGCUAUGAGUGAAAGAUAUCUGGUUUUAUUUUCCUUCCAUUUGUUAAUCCUCGCAUUGGACAGCUCUAAUCAUGAUUUUAUUUAUGAGGGCAUUCUUCCUCUCUCAGCCAUUGAGGUGCGUCUGAUCUCACAGCAGGACCACAGUUCUCAACAUAUGUUUGAGAUCAGCGGGCCUAUGGUGGACUCAAAGAUCUUCCUUUGUGCUACUGCUGCUGAAACCAAAACCUGGAUGGAAAAUAUCGAGGACAGGAGAUACAAAUCCCUAAGGCAACAGCUGAGCCCGUCCCAUAGCACGCUCUCAUACCUGGUGCCAUGUAAUGAAAACUGGAAGAGGGAGGAGCUUAAAAGGUACUUACUGCGGUCUCCCAUCUUGGAAUGGGAGGGGAAGCCCAUUCAGCACAUGGGCUAUCCAAGAUACAUUUCACUGGUGCACAUCACCAACAUAUACACACAGGACCGGCGUUUGCAUGAACCUCAGGAGCGUUUGCUUGUGCUCUUCCCAUGUGACCUCCUCGUUCUGUCUCUAGACUGUCAUCAUAUACGUGUGAAAUAUGAGGGUCGUCUGCCACUUAAGAGCAUUAAAGCCAUGGAAAAAUCUGCACUACCUGGCAGACUGGAGUUUGAACUCAAGGGUGAAUUGAUGGAGCCUCUGCUUGUCUCCUGUACCUCCCCUGAGGACUAUCAAAGCUGGAUCUUCCAGUUACAACAGCCUGAUAAUCUGCCAGAUUCAUUGCCACAUCAUACCCCUCCACCUCUGAUACCGAAGAAGCGCAGAAGCUGAGGAUGAUGUGACAGAUGGAAAUUAAAAUGGCUGUGAACUCCAUAUACUGUGCCGAAUGAAAGCUGCUGUUUACAAAUGAACAGUACUGUUGCAUUUUACUCCUAAGUAACAAACCUCUUCACUGCUUGUGAGGAAGGAUCUUCAAUAGCUAGGAAAUGUGCAGGUUUAGAUAGUAACUAUUACAGUAUGCUCCAUAAAUAUCUGUUUUGAGGUAGGGAACAGGCCUCAAAUGCAUGCACACAUACAGUAAGUACAAUGUAUACAAUUAAUACAAAUGUAUAAAUGUGACGUAAUACAUUGUUUUAAUUAGUACUUAAUUCCAGGGUCUCAUAUAUCUGAGCUAAAGAAUCUUUCUUCUUCUUCUCCAAAUACAUCAAACAAAGUUCAAGUGA